AUGGCGGCAGCGCUUCGUUCUGCGGCGAGGAAGAUCUGCGGUCACGCCUUUGAGCGACCGCAUGCGCUUCUCAGGACGGCCGCUUCAGCUGCCAUCAAGGAGGAACAGUGGCGGCUGCUGGCAAGGAUUGGCCAUGGCCGAAGCUCACUUCGCCGGUUCACCUCCUCCGAGUCACCAAGUUUUCUUAAUAAUAAGAACAAGAUAUUUUUCUCAAAAAGGAAUGAAUGGUCUUAUGAAACACAAUGCUUCUUCAAAUCUUCUGGUUAUGAGAUGGUUAUCAAGCGAGCGGUCAUUGAAGUCGCGCUCGUGUAG